AUGUACAACGUCCGGUCCGUUCUUCAGAUAUCCAACCUCUCUCGACAGAUAAUGCUUCCAAUGCGUCUCACGGUAGCAUCCAAGAGCAUCGAGAGAGAGGAGAUUACUGAACCACUACUCUGUCAGGCCGCCCAGGUCACGGAAUCACGAUGGCGUACCCAAAGAUUCCCUCGUGAGCUAGAACUACAGAUUCAACAGAACUGCGUAGGCUUGACGGAGCCGCAGGGGAAUCAAAACGAGAGGAGGUUUGAGAACUUCGAGGAGAGCCGUACACCAGCAUAUACGAGCAAUCAGCAUACCAUAGGCUGCUCCCCAACGACAACUUUCUACCGAGGUCUACAGAUUGUAAAGACCGCCAUUGAUCAGGGUCUUAUAUACAGGGUAUACGAACCAACCCAGGCAUAUAUUGUAGGGUGGGUCGAUCUGCUGGUUCAGGUGGCUUGCAUUCAGCUAGUGCUGCCAUCGAGCAGCACUCAGGAUCUGGAGGAGCUACCUUCUAUCCCUAUCUGUCUGGUUAAGAAGCACGAUGCGCUCUCAUGCAGUGGAUCAAAAUGGGUAGAUCUGACCUCGUUGGAGGAGAGCUACAGGCCGUUCCUAGAAGACUUACAUGCGUUGCUUCUGCUUGAUGGUGACGGUUUAGUACACGGCAAAGGCAGCGGAACAUAG